AUGGAUGAAGAAAAUAAGACACUAGAAAGUGAAGGAAUAAGGGAAGAAUCUAAAGAGGGAGAAGAAGAAAAAAUAAUGAUAAAGAUUAAGAGUAUUAACAAACAAAUAAUGAAAAUGAAAGAACGGAUGGAAAUAUUAAAUAGAAGAGAAAAAGAGUUAAAAGAAGAAUUAGGGAAUGUUACUAGUGAAAUUGAUGCAGUGAAAGAAGAAAAACGAGAGAUUGGAAUGAUAGAAGAGAACAAAAAGAAACAAAUGAAAGAAAUAGUUAAAAUGAACUCCAAUAAAACACCGUUAUUUUCAAUAAAAUCAUGGACAAAUUGUGAAAAUGAUAUGAAUUGGACUAAUGACAAUGAUUUUUUUGUAUAUUCAAUAAUGAAAGAUGGAUAUCAAAAUUAUGGAUGUUAUCAAAAGAAAGAAGGUGUUUAUUGUAAAUUAAGAUCAAUUCGUAUGGUGUUUGAUGAUGAAACAUUUUAUCGUGUUAAUAAUGCAUUCUAUUUAAGACCAUAUUUAUAUGAGAAAAAAGGAAAAACAUGGGAUGAUUUCAAUAAAGACUAUGAUGAUAUUGAUAAAAAUAUGUCUUUUACAACAACACUUGGCUUUACACCAAUUCGUGUUCUUGUUUAUCAAUGUUUUUAA